CGAUGGGCACAAAAUGGCCUAAAGCCAAACGUCUUUCCAAUCAGAAAAAGUGUGGGUGCAGUGAAAUAAGCAAAAACAAACUGUUAAGAUCAAUGUCGAGGCUUUGAGGUGAAAACUGAGAUAACGAUUCCCACGAGCAAGAAGAAGAGAGCCCUAAUAAGCCAGACGAACCAAAACGGGUUGAAAUCAAAGUAAUACAAUUCGAGAACGCACGCUAUGUCCCGUCAAAUGGCCAAGUUCUACAAGCUGGACAUCAACCGCACCGAGUGGGAGAUACCGGAGACCUACCAGAACCUUCAGCCCGUAGGCCAAGGUGCCUACGGGCAGGUAUGCAAGGCUGUGGUCAAGGGAACGAAUACAAAGGUGGCCAUUAAAAAGCUGGCGCGCCCCUUUCAGUCAGCGGUGCACGCCAAGCGCACCUACCGGGAGCUACGGCUGCUGAAGCAUAUGGAUCACGAGAAUGUCAUCGGGCUGUUGGACGUCUUCCAUCCCGGACAGCCCGCAGACUCGCUGGAGCAGUUCCAGCAGGUGUACAUGGUGACCCAUCUUAUGGACGCCGACCUGAAUAACAUCAUCCGGACACAAAAGCUUUCUGACGAUCACGUCCAGUUCCUGGUGUACCAGAUCUUGCGUGGAUUGAAGUAUAUUCACAGUGCCGGAGUAAUUCAUCGCGACCUGAAGCCAUCGAACAUUGCCGUGAACGAGGACUGCGAGCUGCGCAUCUUGGAUUUUGGCCUGGCUAGGCCGGCUGAAAGCGAGAUGACAGGAUAUGUGGCCACGAGAUGGUACCGGGCACCAGAAAUCAUGCUCAACUGGAUGCACUACAACCAGACGGUGGACAUUUGGUCGGUGGGCUGCAUCAUGGCCGAGUUGCUGACGGGCCGUACUCUUUUCCCGGGCACGGAUCACAUCCACCAGCUGAACCUGAUCAUGGAGGUCCUGGGCACGCCCGCCGACGAGUUCAUGAGUCGCAUAUCCUCAGAGAGCGCUCGAAACUACAUCCGCUCGCUGCCAGUGAUGCCACGUCGGAACUUCAGAGACGUCUUCCGCGGCGCAAACCCACUGGCCAUCGAUCUGCUCGAGAAAAUGCUGGAGCUGGACGCCGAGAAACGCAUCACCGCAGAGCAGGCACUGGCCCACCCAUACAUGGAGAAGUACCACGACCCGACCGACGAGCAGACCGCCGCCCUCUACGAUCAGAGCUUUGAGGAGAACGAGCUGCCGGUGGAGCGAUGGCGCGAGAUGGUCUUCACGGAGGUGACGGGCUUCAAGCCCACGGCCGCCUUUGCCGAGCUCCUGCCCAAGGAGCAGUAAUCCCCCUUCCCCAUCCCGUCCGUUCAAUGAUGCUAUAUACACACAUACACUUAGAUGAGUCUUCUUAACACCUAGAUCAAGCGGAUGUGCUCAGUCGUGAUUUCUCUGUUCGGCGAAUGUAAACAAGAGGGUUUAUUUAUUCUAGACCGAUUUAAAUUUAGAAACGCUUGAACAACUUGUGUUGACCACAGAAGCGCACAUAAAGGUAAACCGAUAAUGUAUUUCUUGAGCACCCGGCUUGCAUUCGGCCAGCAAAGGAGUUACGACUGAACUAGGUACAUGAAAAUAUUGUAGAAAUCCGGAAUUGUUUUCAAAAAACAAAGUCACACAGCCUUAUGUUCAGUUCAACUUAAAUUUUUGGUGUCGGUUUUAACACACAGUUCUUGUGAAUAAUCUUGUUAAUGUGAGUGUACAUGUACAUCCUAGUUCUUAAGCGAACGCAUCUCGCGGCCAGUAACUAUAAAAAGAGCACUAGUGUCUACGUUGAAUCCAAAAUAAAUGUGCUAUGCUAUGUAUUUUAAAAAAGCAAA